CCAAGGGCGGCGCCGCCCCCGCCCCCGUGGAUCUGGACGUGAGGUUCGAGCGCGGCGCGCACGGACACUGCGACGACUUCGACGGCCGCGGUGGCACUCUCGCCCACGCCUACUACCCGCGCUUCGGGGGAGACGCCCACUUCGACGCCGAUGAGCACUGGACGCUCGGGGAGUACAGAGGCACGAACUUCUUCCAAGUGGCCGUGCACGAGUUCGGCCACUCCUUGGGGCUGCGGCAUUCGGACGACCCCGACGCCGUGAUGGCGCCCGUGUACCGUGGCUACGACCCGUAUUUCGAGCUGCACCAGGACGACAUCGACGCCAUCCAGGACCUCUACGGCGCUCCCUCCCACUCUCCGAUGCAGAUGGCGGAACAGACGCAACAGCAGCAGCAAGAGGACGACGAGGAGGAGGACGAGGAGGAGGAGCAAGGGAAGGAGGACGAAGGCGAGGAGACUGACCAAGGGAAGAGUAGUGGAGAGGAGGAGGGAGGAAAUAAGGGGCAAGAGGACAAAGGCGACGAUGGUAAUGAGGGCGAGGAUGGGGAUGGGAAAGAAGAAAGUGAAGAGGUGAAUGAGGACACAGAAGAAGAUGAGGAUGAAGAUGAAGAUAGGGAGAAAGAGACGGACACCCCCACCAACGAGCUGUGUGACGAUCCAUCGGUUGACGCCAUGUUUAACACCCCCGACGGAGACAUCUACGUUCUCAAAGGUACGUACCGCUUCCUUUUGCCUGAGAACACUCGUUUUCCAAAGAUAUUUCUAUCCUUCGACUGCUGUAGUUGUUUUCCUCUUUCC